AUGGCGCCUCAGACAGAAAUCCCAGUUGCCGCCAAUGUGCUUGGGACGAUAGGAACUGUCCUCUGGUGCGUCCAGCUCAUCCCGCAAAUAUGGACCAACUACCGCACCAAAUGCACGACCGGCUUGCCGGGCACCAUGAUGUUCCUCUGGGCGCUGUGCGGCGUGCCCUUUGGGGUAAAAUGGCCAGUUUGGAAGGCUAGCCUGCUAGCUUUGACCACCGCUUGCGUAUUCGCUGGUGUUGAAGCUGCGCUGAUUUUGACACUUCGGCCCCUUUACGAAGCAGGCAACGAACCCCCCAUCCAAGCCAUCGGCAUAAUAGCCGCCAUCCUCCUCGCCGUCGGCCUCCUGCCCCCCUACGCAGAAUUGUACAAGCGGCACGGGCGGGUCGUCGGUAUAAAUUGGUUUUUCUUAGCAAUGGACUGGUCAGGAGCCUUUUUCUCCCUGAUGGCCGUUGUGACUCAAAACACGUUUGACGUGUUGGGCGGGGUUCUCUACAUCAUUUGCGUCUUACUCGAGCUGGGCAUCUUUGGGUCGCACUUGAUUUGGUUGGCGAGGACGAGAAGCAUAAGAAAGCAACUCAAAAAAGAUGGCAAGACUUUUGAUGAUCUGUUGGGGGAGUAUAAGGAGAGGGGGGAGGAGUGGGAGUGGGCGGAGAGGGAGGGGGAUAUGGGUUUGGGGGGGUUGAAGUUUUGGUUGAGGAAGGACAGGAAGGGGGAGGGCGAGCAGAGGGAUUUGGAGGAGCAGGAGGAGAGUGAUGCUACUGCUGCGGGUGGAGAGCAAGGUCGGGAUUUGGAGAAGCAGGAAGAUCAUGAUGCUGCGGCUGCUGCUGGACAGCAACAAGGUCGGGAGUUGAAAAGUACGAUGAUGAUGGCUGAGACACAGAAGCAAGACGGGAGCGAGGAGGAUACAGGUGCGAGUACGCCUACCAUGGUGGAUGGGGAGAACGGGGCGGUAGGCAGGACGUAAAGGGGACGGCGUGAUGGAUGAAUGCUGGAUGAGAACAUGAAGAAACGAAGUUGGAUGUUGAGGAACAGAAAAAACUUAUUGAUGUUAGAAGUUGGGGUUGGAUAUGAUACCAUGGGUUCAGGACUUCGCUUCGGGACACGAAGGAUGCGCGAGUGAAUGCAUAGCCAGGGGCACAUCAGCUAGGUGAACUUGAAGACGGGGGGAUGAACCUCGGAUAAACGAGGAGUGCAAACCUCUUAGGAACAACAGAUAGAAAUAGAACAUCAGUACGGUAUA